AUGUCUCAAGGAGAGAUGGUCCCGCGCCGGAUCCAGUUCUCUAGUUGCGAUGAAUGUCGUCGGGCGAGAGUCGCUUGUGAUGCCGGUCGCGCUCGCCGGAACCGAGAGGACCAACAGGAGCUUCUGUCCUGCACGAGGUGUCUCAACCGGCAGCUGCAAUGCACAUUUGAGUGGAUGAAGCCGAGCACUGGCACUUCUGCAACUAAUCGCAAGGGCCAGGACGGAAGAGUCAAGAGGAGACGGUCUAAGAUACCCACAACAGAGACGACUAUUUACGAAGAGAACGAUACUAGCAUAGAUGGCGAAUCACUGCCCAGGCUCGUCCACCAGCGGUCUGAAAGUACCACGAGCGAACUAUCGACCAAGCCAAAUUAUGAGUGGGCCUGGUCGUCGGAUCAGCUAUCACAACCUCUGCUCGUACAACAUCAUUUGACACCAGAACCCAUCAGUGCUAUUGAAACCCAAUGGCUCCAUACCAUAUACGAGGGGGCUUUUGAGACCAUAUUCGGUUCUUGGAUGGGUCGCUACAGCAACCCUUUUGCUUUUGGAGAACAGAGCCUAUCAGAUGUGGUCAGUAUACGCCGAGUUUGCAGCGAACUCGAUAGACACAUCGACGAAGAGGAUACUGUAGGAAGCGCAAUGCACGACUCCCGAGCUUCACCAGAUCUUGGUAGGCAUGAGAGAGAUGCACAGCUCGACCAGUUCCUCGACCAUGCUGUCCAAUCUUUCGCCGCUCGCUGGCUCCCCCUGACUCAGCGAUCCAUUUUGCCAGCCCUCUCCCAGGCGGAUAUCAUCUGUCGACUUUGGCGCCGUGCACAUACAGACAUGCUCAAGGUCAUCAACAGGCCAUCUUAUCGAUCUAUGCUGACUUUGCUUUUGUUUGCUCUAACACCAAUCCCGGUGGGCAUCCCUGAAGAGGAAGAACUUGAGGGAGUAUCGGGACAGGUUUGUGUUCACGCCGCACUGCAGCAGAUUCAAACACUUCGUGCGCGUCAAAAGAGCCUUCAAUUCAACGGGACACGAGUCAAUCUCACCAACUCAAACCGCCCUAUGGGAGCAAGUCCCGCUUCACUUGCAACCGCCAAUUUCAUUAUUGCCGAGAGCACUGCAUACUGGGCUGCGCUCACAUUCGAUACGUCCGCCUCGUUGACUCUGAACUGCCGACCGUUGCUUUCUUCUGGACUUUUUGGGUUCGAGUCUGAGCCAUCGUGGCGUAUGGUACGGACUUGUAUCGGCAUCUUCCGCGAAACGACACGAGAUUGGAGCAAUCUUGACGUCGAUCUAACAGAUGAGAAAGCAAAUCAGGUCAUUGCGGCCGGAGCAGCAUGGAAACUCUUGGUCUGGAAACUGACUGCGAAUCUCAAAGAAUCUCUGAGGGAUGGCCAUGAUGAGGCAGAAGUUCUAAGGGCGUUCAACUCCGUGUCCAAUACUAUCGACCAGUUCAACAUAACCUACCGCGAGCUGCUCAUUGCCUGUCAGAGGCGAAUACAGUUCUUCAACCAAGAAACGAGACUUCGCUGGUAUGAACUCAUGCUGCACUAUAAUCUGGCGAUUUUGAUGGUCACCGAUAUCGCGACCGCCACUUUACGAGAAGAUCUCCUCUCGCUCUUCUCGGCAAAAAGAGUUGAUGCGGAAACCUGGGUCAUGAACUGCCUGGUCUUUGGCUUGAACAACAAAUACACCUUAAAACUCCAACCUGAACCUCCUGUUUCCGAACAGGAAAUGGCACCCAAUCAGUCGACAAGCUUGACCGUCCCGUUAAUUGCGAUUGAUCCGUAUCCUCACCACGUCGUCGCGGCCGUGAAGCUGAUGCAACACGCCAUAGACAGGGACUUUGGAGCCGACAAGAUCAGCAGAGAUGCUUACAACAACCUGCGUUCUACCCUGAAGCACACCUUAGAACAACUGCCGCAAGUCUCCAAAUCGGUCCAGACAACAAGGGCGGAAUUUGAGACAGCUGAGUUUCCACCCCAGCCACUAUAUCCAUGA